AUGAGCCAACAGUUGUGUUCACAAUGUGUCGAAGUGUGUUGUCGCAAGCAGUCUCCAAUAAUGAACUGCAGCACAGUAAUUGUCGUUAGUUUUCUAACUGCUCUACUGCUACUACUAACAAUGGCUAAAGCUGAUCGGAAAAGAGGAAAAUCGUAUGUUGACAAUCGUUCCCCACGAAGUAGAACUGAUGAGAGAGGAGGACCGGGGCGAGGUUUUCCUAAUUGGCCCGGUAAUGAAGAGGAUUAUAUAGUCCAAAAUUGGCGACGUAAAUGUGAGAAAUAUAAUAUUGUCAACUCAGUUAAAAGUUAUAUCACUGGAGGUCUCAAAGCAGAAAUGGAUAUGUUUCCAUAUUUGGUGGGUCUACUAAUGUACCAGCCACCGAGAGUAUAUCAAUGUGGAGGUUCUUUGAUAACAGAACGUUAUGUUUUAACAGCAGCCCAUUGUUUGUACAGAACUGUUGAGGCUCGCGUGUAUUUGGGGUCCUACAUAUAUGCAAAUGCUGAAAGUGCCGCCUACGUAUACAAUGUCACCACACGUGAUUUUAUCAUACACGAAAGUUAUGGACGCCAGGGUUUUAAUGACGACAUUGCUUUGAUUAAUCUACCAAAGCCUGCCUCACUGUCAGAUAAAGUGAGAUUAAUUAAUUUAGCUCCCAGUUACAUGACCCAAAUAUUUCUGCAAGGAGAAGUUGUUACAACUGCUGGUUGGGGUCGUAUUAGCGACAAUAAUACCAAACUAAAUGAGCAACUUUAUUAUACGGACACACGCAUUAUAGGCUAUGAAAAGUGUAUGUGUUAUUAUUUACCCGGUUUGGUAAAUAGACGUUCGCAUGUGUGUGCGGAUGGCACUGGAGGAAGUGGCAGCUGUGAUGGUGAUUCGGGAGGACCUUUAGUGUAUCAACACAAAGAUAUGGCUUACCAGGUGGGAGUAACAUCGUUUGGCAGUGCGGGUGGUUGUGAAAUUGGUUUCCCUACGGUUUAUUCUAGGAUAACAAACUAUUUGAGUUGGAUUUCCAGAAAAACCGGUCUAAAAGUACAAUAAUAACGCAAUCGUUUUUAUUUUGCAAAUUUUUUCCAUGUUUUUUAUUG